AUGAACAACGGCUUGAUUGAAACUCUUCUCAGUAACCUCGCCCGUCACUGGGUGUUGGUAUUGGUUUCUUUGGUUCUGGGAUGGCUUGUGAAAAAUCGUUAUCAUCAUGGCUUGAACAAGUACCCCGGUCCCUUCCUCGCUUCUUUGACGGAUUGGUGGAGAUUCGUUGAUGUCUACGGCCAGCGACCAGAGGUUACUCUCCAAGCCCUCCAUGCCAAACACGGAGAUAUCGUCAGGAUAGGACCCAACACUUUGUCUUUUGCCGAUCCUGCCGUUCUCAAGUCUAUCUAUGGUCUGAACAAGGGCUACAUCAAGUCCGACUUUUAUAUCGUCCAACAAUCCGUCGUCAAAGGCCAUCGCCUUGCAUCCCUCUUCAGCACCACCAACAAUGACUUCCACUCCCAAUUCCGCAGAAGCGUCAAUUCAGCCUUUUCCAUGAGCGCACUCGUCCAGUAUGAGCCCUUUGUCGACAACACCACCAAGCUGUUCCUCAACCAAACAGAAAAGUUGUUUGCUGGAAAGCCUUCGGGCUGUGACUUCACACAGUGGCUUCAGUUUUAUGCCUUUGAUGUUAUUGGCGAAAUUACUUAUAGCAAGCGCCAUGGGUUCAUUGAGAAAAACGAGGAUGUGGAGGGCAUUGUUGCAUACCUUUCCAAGCUGUUCCUCUACGUCGCUCCAAUCGGCCAAAUACCAUUCUUGGACCUUGUGUUCUUGAAGAACCCUCUAUACCUCAAGCUCUCUCAAUGGGGUCUGUUUGACUCGACAUUCCCUGUCGCUCGAUUUGCUCGCGCUCGUAUGGCUGAGCGACUCAUCCCUGAGCUCAACUCCGACGCCGUCCUCCCUACCACCGACAUCAAGAAGCAGGCCCUGGGACAGGACUUGCUUUCCAAGUUCAUCGCUGCUCGAGAGGCUCGACCUGAGUUUAUGACCGACACCCUGGUGCAGACAAUGGCUGUGUCGAUGGCCUUUGCUGGCUCCGAGACGACGGCCAUCACCCUCUCUGCAGUCUUCUACUACCUCCUCCGCAACAAAUCUUGCUACUACAAGCUUCAGAAGGAGCUGGAUGAGGCUUCAAAAUCUGGCGCCUUUUCGGAUUAUGAAACUGGUCUCGUCACCUUUGCCGAAGCUCAGCGAUUCCCCUACCUCCACGCCUGCAUUCAGGAAGCCUUCCGAAUGCACCCUGCACCUGGUCUUCCGCUUGAACGAAUUGUGCCGCCUCAAGGAGCUGAUAUUGGAGGCCACCACAUCAAGGGCGGUACUAUCGUCGGAGCUUCAGCAUGGCUGAUCCACAAUCGCCCUGAGAUCUUCGGCCCUGACACCAGCGAGUACCGUCCCGAGCGAUGGCUGCCAGACCCCAACGCGAACCCGGAAGACGAGGAUAAGCGAAUUAAGAAGAUGAGCGGUAUGAUGUUCCAGUUUGGCAUGGGUAGCCGAACUUGCAUUGGCAAGAACAUCAGCCUGCUGGAGAUUUACAAGGUCGUGCCGAGUCUUUUGCGACGAUUUGAGAUUGACUUCCAAGAUCCUAGCAAGGAGUGGAGGAUUAUCAAUGCUUGGUUCGUGAAGCAAGCUGACUUCAAUGUCACGUUUACGCGGAGGCAGCUGGUGCAGCCGGAGAUCACGGAGAAGGCCGGUUAA